UGAAUUUGUUUUUAUAUAAAUAUAGUCAAACAUACCAUAAGACAUGCGUAUGUCAGCCACCUAGCACCUUCUUCUGUAUAUAUUUCUACACUCGUUUUCCCCUUCUUUCAUACAAUUUCGGUACUUUCAGAGCAGAAAAGGAGAAUCAAAAACCCUAACUCACAGUCCAUUCAACUCAUCCAAAAAUGCCGUUGAAGCGGAAUCGACCUGGAAAUUCAUCGAGCUGCCUAGAGCUGCCUCUGCCAACCGCCGCCGCCGUCGCCGCCGCUCCCGUCAGUAAGGCGAAGGUUAUGAAAAUCGACGCCGCUGCCGAGCCGUCCCGAUCGAGGUUUUUGACCAUCGCUUCUCCGGAAAAUGUUGGUGAAUCUGAUCGACCGGUAUCUGGUGGAUUUCUGGAACGCUGCCACUACUGUAAGAAGCGGAUUGCUCAUAAUUCUGAAGUUUUCAUGUAUAGCAACCUCUGUGCAUUCUGCUCUUCGGAAUGCCGUGACUUUCAGAUUAAGCUGGACCAGUCUGCCAAGAAAAUGCUAGAAAAUCCCAAAAAGAAGUUGGCUCAGGAGUAGAUGUUUUGCAGUGUGCAGGUCCUGUCGGGUGUUUAGAUUGAACUAGAAUACAGAGCAUAUGCUCACAUAAAUACUAACAUUAGAUGUGCAGUGCUGUCGUUUUUUGGGGGUCAGCUAGCACUUCUGCAUUUAUAUAGGAAAAAUAUAUUUCAUCUUAGUAGUAUUUUCUACCUUUUCAGUUACCUCUCUAUGUUAUGUUAGUAUCUGCUUCAGCUGCUAUUAUAAAGCUGAUAUCGGUUGCUAUUGAUCAGAAGACAUUAAUAAAUUGAUAUGAUAUUAAUGAUUUCGUCGUUA